GAACGUGAAGGGGUGUUCCGCGUCGAACCUGCGGUGGGCUCGGACUCGGAUGCCGAAGCCGGUUGGUAGAAUAAAGAUAAUGGGAGAAGAGAAAGGAGGGCUACCAGCUGGCCAAGUGGUGGUGUCCGUGGGCCCCGUACCAUUCAUCACAACUACCCCCCUGAGAUCCGCCCUCCAUUUUAUCCCCAUUUUACGGAAGGGGAAACUGAGGCUCACAGCUGCUGGCAGAGGCAGGACCGGACACCAAUUUAACCUUAGCACUGGGGCGUUUAAUCACUGUCCUCUUAACAAAUGUGAGACCUCGAAUUACCAGGCAUUGAGGAAGCUUGCCCCAGAGUUUCUGAGAUUCGAUGAUUGAUUGUAGGAUUGCCUGGCAAAGAUCGUAUUAGAACUCAUGAUGCGCCGUGGUCUGUCAAAGCCAGGUUCCACAACCGUGAAUAAAUCCAUUCCUGCCCUUAAUACACGUGCAGCAUAUAAACUGUACAGUAAACAGAUGCCGCUAAUACAGUGGGAUGAUAAGACCUUUGGAGAUGUCUGUGGAGUGCCAGGACUGAGCUUAGGGCUAGAGGUAGAAGAAUGAAACCCAAGCUGACCUGACCUGCAAUAACAGAACAGAGUUCAGGCACUUCACACAUUAAUACAUGUCAUGUUUUAUUAUCCUAAUCAUCUCCUACGUUUUCAUAACUUUCCGAGGGCAAGAAUCUGCCCUCCUAUUCUCUCCCUCCCUGCCCAGUUAGCCCAUUGCUUUCUAAAUGAGAGUCACUCAGAUGUUUGUGAUUGACUCUCCAGAACAAGGGUCCCAACUUCUACAUUUCUUGUGUCCCACACAGUACCCUGCACAGUGUUGGUGAUAUUGUAGGACCUAUGGGUUGUUAGUGAAAGUGAUAAAUAUAAUAGCUUUAUGAUAGUUAUGUAAUUAUUUCUGUUUGGGGGGAAAAAGCAAACAAACAGGGCGCUCUGCAUUCCUAAAGAAAGGACUUUCGUUUGCCACUGAGUGCUCAGAGAAUGUUUUCUGGGGGAGGCGGCAUCUCAGCUAGUCCUGAAGGGAGAGGGAGGAGAGGAAGUACCAAGGCCUGAAAGAGAGAAAGGUGGGCAGAUGUGUGGGGCCGGGGACCAAUAGUAGUUGAGCCACUUUUUGAAUUCUCAGGAAUGACGGGAGAUGAGCCCAAGGUAGCCAGCAGAGCUUUGCAGCUCAUUUCAGAACUAGUGACAGAGUGAUCCUCAGGGCACUGGAGCAGAAUGGAGGGGACACUUCCUGGAGGUGAUGCCAAAGCUGAGCCUUAAAGAGUGAAGCUAUUUCCAAACAGGACAUUCGUGAGCAGAUUUGGGACUACAUGGAAUCACAAAAUUUAGCUGACUUUCCCCGGCCUGUUCAUCACAGGAUUCCCAACUUCAAGGGCUCUUAUCUGGCUUGCCAAAACAUCAAAGACCUAGAGGUUUUUGCCAGAACGCGGGAAGUUAAAGUGGAUCCCGAUAAACCACUGGAAGGUGUUCGGCUGUUGGCACUGCAGAGCAAAAAAACAUUGCUGGUUCCAACACCACGACUGAGAACAGGGUUAUUUAAUAGGAUCACACCGCCGCCUGGGGCAACUAAAGACAUGCUGAGAAAAUGUGCCACCUCUGAGGGUGUGAAGAACUAUAGCGUUCCCGUGGGCUUGGAUUCCAGGGUCCUUGUGGACUUAGUCGUGGUGGGGUCCGUUGCCGUUUCUGAAAAAGGCUGGAGACUUGGGAAGGGAGAAGGUUAUGCUGAUCUUGAAUAUGCCAUGAUGGUUUCGAUGGGAGCAGUCAGCCAGGAGACGCCAGUGGUUACCAUUGUCCAUGACUGCCAGGUCAUCGACAUACCUGAAGCGCUCCUGGAGGAUCAUGACCUCACAGUGGACUAUAUUCUCACUCCAACGAGAGUCAUCGCCACGGGGUGUGAGCGCCCAAAGCCAACAGGAAUCACAUGGUCCAAGAUCAGCUGUGAGGUGAUGGGGAAAAUCCCAGUACUCAGAAGCCUUCGCUACCGAGAGAAGCAGAUGGGGAAGGAUGUCACCCUUCAGGAUGAGCACCGGCGUCUUCUGGAAACCUGCAGCCAGCAGACAGCUCCCCCGAGAGCUGUCAGAAGACCCUGGAACCCAUCCCAGCUGGAGCCAAGUUCCGUGCAGGGGGAGGAUGUGCCUUCUAACACUGUUUAUGUUGGGAAUCUCCCCUGGGAUACCCGAGUGAGUGAGCUGAAGCGAGCCCUCAGAGAACGCGGCACAGCCCCACUGCGGCUGACCUGGCAGGGCCCACAGCACCGGGCCUUCCUCCAUUACCGGGACCCGGCCUCAGCCCAGCAGGCCAUCUCCUGCUUGCAGGGCUUGCAGCUGGGCACCAGCACCUUGAAGGUGGCACUGGCCAGGCAGCAGAGGGCCAGCGACCUGGCAGGUGGCGGUGCUAGAGAGCCACAUCCUGACCGUUACACGACCAUCUGACCUGGGAUAACAUCCCACCCCGGUUCCUGUGGAGCUCCAGAUGCCUGCAUAACAGGGCAUGGCAAAGCUAUCCCUGCAUGAGCUGCUUCGACAAAGUGCUGUUCUUUCUAGGAAGUCACAGCCUUCACUUACUGCCCGGUGAUCUGACGAGUAAGGAAAUUAGCCAGUAGUACACUGAGGCGGCUGAAAACUCGAUGUGUUCAGUUAUGGUUUAUCAUGGUCCUUUAACCUGUUGGAUGUUAUAGCUGUGCUGCUUUCUCUGUAGAGACAGCUGUUCUGAGGGUUUAGGGGACUAAGUGAACAAUAAACAAGUGACUAAAUGGUGACAGUGAUUUAGGAGAAUCUGAGUCUGGAUUUGAGGGGAGUGGAAGAUUAAGAGACAAUGAGCAGAGGAUCCUGCCAGGAGAGGCCCUGGCAGGGACCAAAUGCAGGAGCACAGUGGGCAAGACAGAAAGUGCCCUCAUGCCCCAGGAUCCUUGGCCUAGCACUGCUGGACAGGGACAACUGUAUCUGAGUCGCAGAAGCUGAGUAGUUCAGCCUCCUGGAUUCAAAACACUUGUCUCAACUCAGUCCUGGUGUCAGAGAUGGAAAGCGGAUCCAACAUGGACACUUGGUUGAGUGGUGUCACCUCUGUUCCCUCCUUUCUAGCUUUACUCCUCCCUGUGGGCGAACACCCCUUCACUCUCUGCUCUUGACCAGCGGCCCCUGCACACAGCAGGAAGCACUGCCUUGUAGGUGAUACUGGCUUUGGAAAGUGCGUCAUCCAGGCCUACAUCACAGAGUCCUGCAAACGUGCACACACUCGCAUUUGCCCAAUGCCUUAGGUUUUUCGUGUUUUUUUCCCUCCAGUUUCUUGUUCCUAAAAUCAGGCUGGAUUUUGGCCUAACUAUACUUUCUGAACAGAAGCGCUGUUGCAGUUGAUCCUGGGCAAAAAGUCAAAAUAAGCAUUUAAGUGGAGAUUUUGUUUUUUCAAAUGUACAUGUGUUUAAAAUUUUAUUUUUUCACUAGAGGGUUUUACUGAGGGCAGGCCUUAUACAUGAACUUGCAAAAACUCUUCUCAAGGCACUUAGUCUCCCUUUAAAAAAAAGCAUUUUCUCAUUAGUUUUACAAUGAAAAUACUAUGGAAACUUCAGAAAGAAAAUCUAUCCUGUUGACCUUAAAUAGAUAUAUCUGCAGCAAACUGGAUUUGUUCGGGAACAACAAAGAAUUGCAAUUCGGGACAUAUGGCCUAAUGCUGAACCAUGUGGAAGUCCUGAGACCCACAGGACAGGAAUGCUCUUUUAUGGACUUGGGAGGGGCCGCUGUAAAGGAAGAGUCCAUUGGCGGAAACUGGAAGUUCGAAGUGUGGUGACUUUUCAUUGGCUGAGGUAUGGGGGUCUCCCAUUGACUGAGCGGUUACUGGGCAAGGAGAAAUCUUUUCUUCUUGCUGAGGCAGUAAAGUAGACUCACGAGGCCCUGUCAGGGAUGCGGGGUACCUCUCUUCCUGUUGGGGUCAGUAGUGUGUGUUGAGUGACACCCACGUGAGAGUUCUCUCUUCUAGCCUCCCGACUCUACUUUAAAUGAGGUUUCUGUUUAUUAAUUUCACCAUCCUUAGAUUUGCGCAUUAAAUGAAGACUCCUUUUCCAAGUUGUCAUGAAUAAAAUGAGGAUGGAGAAAUACCUUAAAA